AUGGGGUCUCAGGUGCCCCUGGAAGGCCGGGGCCGUGACUCAGGCCCCCUCUUCAGUGGGGUUGCCCCUGAAAUUAUCGAGGACACCCUGAUCCACUUGGCCACGGAGAACGAGCAGUACCUGAGCGAGCUGCCAGAGCAGGCGGGGUGCUUCAAAGAGACGCGGAUAGUGGAAUUUAUAUUCCUUUUGUCUGAAAAAUGGCACUUGGACCAGUCCACACGGUACCAGGCAGUGGAGUUACUUGAACGGUUCCUGAUCAAGCAGGUAGAGCAGAUGUGUGAUGACAGAGGGAGCACUAAAGGGAGCUCUCAAGGCCAGAGGAGCAGCUGGAGCUCUGUCAGGGAUCAGAUCACCAACACCUUUGUCCUCAGACUCGUGUCCUGUGUUCAGCUUGCCAGCAAACUCUCUCUGCACUACAGUGAACUGCUGGAGUCAGAGCUCGCUGUUUUAAACACUCUGCACUUCCACAUCAAUGUGUCAACCCCCUUGGCCUAUGUGGAAUUGCUCCUGGAGGUUCUAGGAUACAAUGGCUGCUUGCUUCCUGCCAAACCCUUACACAAGAUGUGUGUGCAGCUGCUGGACCUCUGCUACCUGACCAAAGAGACCAUCUAUGACACUCUGCUGAAGGUCGCCAUCGAAAACUCCACACCAAGCAAACUGCAGAUAGCCAAGUUUUUAACAGUGAAGGAAGAUUUCAUGCUCCUGGCUGUUGGAGUCAUCAGUACAGGCUGUGGAGCAUUUAAACUGCAUCACUGGCAUUACUCCCCAGAGCAUCCUGGAGUUCUCCUACGCCGUGGUGAGGCGCAUCGUUGGCUGCAGCACACCAGAGCAGCACCGUGGCACCAAAUCUCCUCAGAACAGAAUUCCUCCUCAGAAAUAGAACCAUCCUGUCCUUCCAGUCCCUGGCCCAGCAGCAGGAACUGUCACACUGCUGACAACUGUCCCUCCUCUGUGACACUGCCCAGCACAGCUCAGGGUUACCUGAAUUCUGUCACGUGUUAAUUAGCAAAGCUCGUCCUGCUGGGCAUCUCAGUCAUGCCCUGAAAGGAGGCCCAACAGCACCCCAGUAUUUAGAAAUGCCCUAAAAGCUUUAUUGUAACAGCUGCACCUUUUAAGUUUUGAAUCUAAGCUCCCUUUAAUCAGAGACCCCUCACAGUGGUUGUGUUUGAAAGGUGCUGCCAUGCCUGGUGGGACCAGCUCUCACAAAUGGGGCUGCUCUGUCUCCUCCUGCUGCUUUUAUAAAACCCCUGUCCCAGCUGCCUGGGAUUGUCCCCUCUGUGCCAGCACUGUGACUGUCACCACAGCAGUGCCCAGGCUGGCUGUCCCUGCCAGUGCCAGGGGUUUGUGCUGGCUGGAAACACCUGGAAUAAUUUCAUUGUUUCCUCAGCACAGCCCUGUGGAGGAACAGCCUGCAGGAGGGAUUACAGUGCUGUAAUGGUAACAAACCUUGAUUAGUGCAGCACCACAAAGAAGUGCUGGUAUGACUUAGAAAAUACUUUAUUUUAAAUUCUUUAAUGACCAGGCAGAGUUCUGGCAGUUUUCCCACAUUAUUCCCUGUGUUUGUCAUGUCCUGCUUUUCCAACCCUGCAUUAGCUGUAACAGAGCAGCAUCAAACUGAUGCUCAUUUGACAAUGAUUUAUGUGAAUGGCCAUAAACCCCAAAAAUAACAGUUUAGAAUCCAUUUAAUAGCUGGGUUUUAUUCUGUUCAACUCAAUGAUACAACUUUGCAUAUUGCUUUUCUACAAACUACUUGUAAUAAUGGCAUUUUAAAUAAAGUGUCUUGUGGAUUUUUGGUAUUGUAAA